AUGUCUCCAUCUCCUUAUCCAGAAGGAACACCUUACUGCGGUGAAAUUGUUCUUUAUAUCGCCGUAUCCUUCUCUGUCCUCGAAACCAUCUUUGUGGCGCUACGAUAUUGGGCUCAGUAUCUUGCGAGGAAGCCUUUUGGCAUAGAUGAUGGGUUAAUUUUAUUGGCAUAUUUAUUAUGUACUGCUGGAACGGCUGUGGCUCUCGUCGGUAUAACCACUGGAGGAAUCGGCUACCACGUGGUAGACGUCGCCGUCUACAACCCCACCGCUCUAAUCCUCUGGGCCAAAAUCCUCGUCAUCGGCGCCAUAACCUAUACAAACGCCUGCUGCGUUCCUAAAAUCGUCAUUCUCUGCCUCUACCUACGGAUAUUUACCGGAAAGUACUCACGCCUCACUUGCUAUAUCCUCAUCUCUGUGAUUUUGAGCGUCGCUGUUGCAGAUACCAUCGCGGCGGCCGUCAUGUGUUUACCGCUGAAUUACUUGUGGGAUAAAAGUAUACCCGGGGGAAAGUGUGUGAAUAUUCCUGCGCUUUAUCGCUAUGGAAGUUUGCCGAAUGCCGUGACCGAUAUUUUCAUAUUAGUGGUACCAAUACCGACGGUUUGGAGAUUGCAGGUUGAGAUGAAAGUCAAGAUUGGAUUGACCAUUACAUUUGCCACGGGGAGCAUAGGAAUGAUAACUUCCAUCGUUCGCUGCGUCGAAUUUUUCACCCACAACCCAGUCGAAGACGGUACCUGGAACGGCGUCAGAUUUCUCUACUGGUCCAUCAUCGAACCGGCCGUGUAUCUCAUCGCCGCCUGUCUCCCCUGUUACCGACCUCUCAUCAAACCCUUUACGCGAAAAUUAAAUGGGUCCUUGGCGACGCGAGAGAGAACCAACUCCAAACAUAUCAGUGGGUAUGGCCUGGGCACGAAAUCGGGCGAUCGAUCGGGAUUCGAGGAUCUAGAGAGCGGGACUGGGACCGUGACCGGUAAGGGGACGGAGGAUUAUAUUUUAAAGGAAAUUAGAAUCACGACGAGUGUGAGGGAGAGUGAUGAGGAGAGUUUGGUGGGUAAUGGGAAUGUGAAUUUUGUGGAAGCGAUGGGGCAGAGAUAUGGGGAAGGGGAAGGGGAGGGGAAAAGGUCGAGGGGUGAUAUUAUGUAG